CGAUGCCGCGCGCGGGCCCCCGCCUGUGGCUGGUCCUGCAGGUGGUCGGCUCGUGCGCCGCCAUCGGCUCCCUGGACGCCGAGCGCGCGGGCGACGGCCGGUGCCAGCCCAUCGACAUCCCGAUGUGCAGGGACAUCGGCUACAACCGCACCCGCAUGCCCAACCUCAUGGGCCACGAGGACCAGCGCGAGGCGGCCAUCCAGCUGCACGAGUUCGCGCCGCUCGUGGAGUACGGCUGCCACGGCCACCUGCGCUUCUUCCUGUGCUCGCUGUACGCGCCCAUGUGCACCGAGCAGGUCUCCGCGCCGAUCCCCGCCUGCCGCGUCAUGUGCGAGCAGGCCCGGCUGCGCUGCUCCCCGAUCAUGGAGCAGUUCAACUUCAGGUGGCCCGACUCGCUGGACUGCAGCCGGCUGCCCAGCCAGAACGACCCCAACUACCUGUGCAUGGAGGCGCCCAGCAACGGCUCCGACGAGCCCGGCCGCGGCCCCGGCCUCUUCCCGCCGCUGCUCCGGCCGCAGCGGCCGCCGGGCGCGCCCGAGCCCGCGCCCCAGGACGGCGCCCCCGGCCGCGCGGGCUGCGACAACCCCGGCAAGUUCCACCGCGUGGAGAAGAGCGGGUCGUGCGCGCCGCUGUGCGCGCGCGGCGUGGACGUGUACUGGAGCCGCGCCGACAAGCACUUCGCCGUGGUCUGGCUGGCCGUCUGGUCCGUGCUGUGCUUCUUCUCCAGCGCCUUCACCGUGCUCACCUUCCUCAUCGACCCCGCGCGCUUCAGGUACCCCGAGCGCCCCAUCAUCUUCCUCUCCAUGUGCUACUGCGUCUACUCCGUGGGCUACAUCAUCCGCCUCUUCGCAGGCGCCGAGAGCAUCGCGUGUGACCGGGACAGCGGGCAGCUGUACGUCAUCCAGGAGGGCCUGGAGAGCACGGGCUGCACCCUGGUCUUCCUGGUCCUCUACUACUUCGGCAUGGCCAGCUCGCUGUGGUGGGUCAUCCUCACGCUGACCUGGUUCCUGGCCGCCGGCAAGAAGUGGGGCCACGAGGCCAUCGAGGCCCACAGCAGCUACUUCCACCUGGCGGCCUGGGCCAUCCCCGCUGUGAAGACCAUCCUGAUCCUGGUCAUGCGCAGGGUGGCCGGGGACGAGCUCACCGGCGUCUGCUACGUGGGCAGCAUGGACGUCAAUGCGCUGACGGGCUUUGUGCUGGUGCCCCUGGCCUGCUACCUGGUGGUGGGCACCUCCUUCAUCCUCUCCGGCUUCGUGGCCCUGUUCCACAUCCGCAGGGUGAUGAAGACGGGCGGGGAGAACACGGACAAGCUGGAGAAGCUGAUGGUGCGCAUCGGGGUGUUCUCCGUGCUGCACACCGUGCCGGCCACCUGCGUGAUCGCCUGCUACUUCUACGAGCGCCUCAACGUGGGGCACUGGAAGGUGCUGGCCACGCAGCACAGGUGCAGAGCCGGCAACCAGACCAAGGGCCCGGACUGCCUGCUGGCCGCCUCCAUCCCCGCCGUGGAGAUCUUCCUGGCCAAGGUGUUCAUGCUGCUGGUGGUGGGCAUCACCAGCGGCGUGUGGGUCUGGACCGCCAAGACCCUGCAGUCCUGGCAGCAGAUCUGCAGCCGCCGCUUCAAGAAGAAGAGCCGCCGGAAACCCGCCAGCGCGGUGGCCAGCAGCGGGAUUUACAAAAAAGCCCAGCACCCUCCCAAAGCCCACCUGGGGAAGUACGAGCUCCCGGCCCAGCCGCCCACCUGCGUGUGAGCUGCGGAGGGCGGGCGGCGGCGCGGAGGCCGCGGCUUGCGGAGCCCAGGCGCGGUGCUUUCUAGCUUGGUUGUCUUUUUUUUUUUUUUUUUUUUUUAAUAAAAGGAAAAGGAGGGAAAAUGACCAAGUUUUACCCUCCCUGAAAUUCAGGAUGCUGUGAUACACUGAAAGUUGAAAAAGAAGUGUACUUGGAGGUUUGGUUUUGUUUCGCUUUGUUUUCCAGGGAAGGAGAGCCCUGGGUGAAGCAGCCCCCACCCCCUGUAACUAAUGUGUGGUAAAGUGGUUGAUUCCUCCCUCAGCAGAAAACUUUUGUUUAGAACCUUCCAUAAAUAUACAUCUGUGUGUUGGAGUUAGUCGGCUUUGCUCUCCAUUUGCAAAUCAGAGAAGAGAUAGCUGCUUUGCAAAUUAAAACGCCUCUGCUGAG